CCCAUCUCGAGCGCCUCCUGGCCGCCCGCCGGUGCCGCCGCGCCGCAGACCGCUGGCCUCGCGCUUUGUGUGGCUCCGGGCGCUCCGAGCGGACGGCAGAAAGCCUGAAAAGCCAUCAUGGCAGCGAGGCCCAAGCUCCACUAUCCCAACGGGAGAGGCCGGAUGGAAUCCGUCAGAUGGCUUUUAGCUGCCGCUGGAGUCGAGUUUGAUGAAGAAUUUCUGGAAACAAAAGAACAGUUGCAAAAGCUCCAGGAUGGUAACCACCUGCUCUUCCAACAAGUGCCCAUGGUUGAAAUCGACGGGAUGAAGUUGGUGCAGACCCGAAGCAUUCUCCACUACAUAGCAGAAAAGCACAAUCUCUUUGGCAGGGACCUCAAGGAGAGAACCCUGAUCGACAUGUAUGUGGAGGGGACGCUGGACCUGCUGGAGCUGAUUAUCAUGCAUCCUUUCUUAAAGCCAGAUGAUCAGCAAAGGGAAGUGGUUAACAUGGCGCAGAAGGCUAUCAUUAGAUACUUUCCCGUGUUUGAAAAGAUUUUAAGGGGUCACGGACAAACCUUUCUUGUUGGUAAUCAGCUGAGCCUUGCGGACAUAAUUCUUCUCCAAACCAUUUUGGCUCUAGAAGAGAAAAUUCCUAAUAUCCUGUCUGCAUUUCCUUUCCUCCAGGAGUAUUCAGUGAAAAUAAGUAAUAUUCCUACAAUCAAGAGAUUCCUUGAACCCGGCAGCAAGAAGAAGCCACCACCUGAUGAAAUCUACGUGAGAACAGUCUACAACGUCUUUAGGCCGUAAAACAGCACAUCUGUCUGUGAGUGACAGCGUGUUCCUAGAGAUGGCUGUGUCCAUCGAUCCCAGCCCUGUCAUACGGCUGUGUAUUAGGUUGAGUCCUAAGUUGGGUCUUUCAUGUCCAGAUCUUUUCUAGAAAUACCAGUCCCCUUUUGUCCAGUAAAUAAUUGUCAUGGGAAACCUUUUCUGGAAAAUGUUUUGGGGAAGGCUGACGUUUAAGUUAGAUCUGAGCGUCUUUCUGCUCUCCUUGGCCUAUUCUCAACCCUCUCCAGUCUCUUCCUAAUUUUUAGUGUCCAAUAACAACAAAAUGUCUAGUGAAUGACCCUCCUCUGAGCUAUAAUAAAUCAAAUAGUAGUAAUGAAUGUAAUUGACAUUGGCCGAAAUAAAGAAUUUACCAAUCAUUG